AUCUGUACUGUUUGUGUUUUACAAACUGAUGUGCCUUUCUGUUAUCACAGUUGGCUGUACCUGAAGCCCAAAUGUAUUAUGUUCUGACUGCUGUAAAACACUCAUUUAUAGUGAGUGUAAGAGUAAAAAUACUUACCAUCUCAAAGAGUAUAUAGCAUCACUCUUGUAUGUUUAUACUUGUUUUCAAUGCAUCUGUGCAAGUAAAUAAACACAUUAUGUACACAGAAUAAUAGUUAGUAAGUACAUCACAAUGGUUGAUUUUCAUCUGAAGCAACUUGUAGUAUACACUAUUUAAUAGACUAUUUUUAUAAAAUAGUCAACUAUGCUUAACCAUGUGCUUAACCAAAAAUUAACCAUAGUUACUAUAUUAACACCAUAUACUGUAGUAACACCAUGGUUAAUUGCUUCAAAACUAUGACUUCUGCCAAAAAACAUGGGUUACUACAAUAUAACUAUAAUAAAGCCAUGGUUAAUUUGACCUGAAACAAACCUUUCAACUGACCGUCACAGUGUUUUAUUAACCUUUAUAUAGUUUUUUAUUUAUUAUUAUAAGUUGUAUUUAAGGAAAUGUUAAGAUUGGAGACAGAUGGGGAAAAGUGGGACAAAAGGCAGAACUGAACCCAGGUCAUCCGUAUGAAAAAAGUACAUCUUUACUUUUAACACACUACGCUAUAAAGCAAAACAGUGUAGUUUCAGAAGUUAAAAUCCUAUUUACUUUUUCCAUAAACAAAUUGAUUUUCAAUGAUAACUAUAAACCUUUUAAAAACCUGUUCAUCGACAGUAUAUGCUUCCAUAGUAUGCGUUAUUUCAUCUUCACUGUUUAAAAAUCGUGUUUGGUAACAGAAUUCCUGGUGAACGAGAAAGAUCCAGAACCAUGUUCAAUAUAGCCUAUUAGACGUGAUCAGGUGUGACCGCUCACUCCCAUGAAUGAUGCAGCCAAGUCAGUCUCCCUUCAUCCUUAAACUACGUAUAUAUUUGUACUUAUCUGAAUAUUUAGUAAUAAACGUAAAAUAUAUUUUUUCUAUACUUAUAAUCAACAACCUGAAAUCAAUAGUUUUAUAUAUUCCCAUUCUUUUUUUUAUUGACCUACAUCAUUUGCAUUGCUUCAUGGGAUUGUAGUUUGUGCCCUCAUGAAAGACAGUAAGUACACAGUCUUGUACCUUUUUCCUUGUGUCCAAUUUGUAAAUACCUUUUUGCCUAAAAUCAAAGAUUGUAUUGAUGUGAUUCACCUUGGAGCUGGUUGCUUUGGUUUAUGACUCAUUAUUAGGGCCAUAGUGUUCCUAAUAAAGUUACCAGUGAGUGUAAAAUUAUGGGUAUGGUUCAAAGUAAUCACCCAUGGUGUUUUGAAUGUAACAUCACACCGUGAAUAGUUAAAAAAUGACUUUUAAAGAUCUGUCCACUAUAGUGGACAUCAUACACCAGAGGAUUAAAUAUGGAUUCUAAAAGAAUAUUUAGCAUAUUUGACAAACACUGAUCUUGUAGUAUACUUAUAUCAACCAAUUAUAUUGAUUUAAUACAAAAAAUAAAGAGUGGAAAAAUAGAGUUCUGUUAGAGCAGGCCGAGCACCUCCCCCUCUUCUUGGUGCCUUUGAGGUUUUCAUUUAUAUUUGUGGUGUUUCCGCUCAAAGAAAGAUGUUUUUCUGUGGUAGAACGCAGAAGUUGUGCUCAAAUCAGGGUUACAAAAUGAAGAUCUUGCAGCUUCAAAUCUAUCUAUUCAUGUGGAAUGAAGUCACAGAGGCUCUAACAAAAAUACAAGCAUCUUCAGGUGAUAAUGUGACUUUAACCUGUAAACUUGAUAUAAAGGAGAUUUACUGGUACAAACAGAACUCACCGGAUCCUCCAGUGUUGAUAUUACGCUCUUUCAGUAGUACAUAUGAAGGAGCUGAUUAUGAAAACAGCAGUUUCAAACACAAAUAUUCACUGAAAUCCAACAGCUGUUUGUUUAUCAAAAAUAUCACCACUGAAGAAUUAGGAGUUUAUUACUGUGUGAAAGUUGAUACACCACUCAAAUUCAGCAAUGCCACCAUAAUCUACAUCGCCGAUUUUGUCUACAAGAAUCAGACAGAGUCAGAUGAUUCUCUACAACUUCAGACAUCAUGGAACAGUCUUACCAUCACAUCUGUCUUGCUGAAUGCUUUUUUGAUCAUUGCAGUAAUUGGACUGGUGAAGAUCUGCCUUGAUGCAACGAGAAGACUUAAAAAGACUUCAAAUAAACCUCAGAGUACCACGGCAGCUCAAUACUCAAAUGAUCCACAGUAUGCUGCAAUCAGUUUCCCCAUGCAACCCAGUGGAACCAGGCCUUGUCAGGACCAGAGCAUCUACUCUCUUCUACGGCCAAUAGAAGCUGUAUGAAGAAAAGGAAGAAAAGCAGGUUGCGUAAUAGCCUCAGUAUUUAUAUUUUAAUUGUUUAACAAUGUUACAAGAUGUUUCUUCAAUGGAUUUGAAUUAUUUGUGUUAAUUGUGUUCAUAUGGUCUCAAGUUUGGCCACAUCGAAUUUAAGUUUCUCUUGGUCAUGUCAUAGUUUUGAUGAAGUUACUAUUAUUAUAUAGACUUCAGACACAGUCACAUUGAAUUAAAUCCUAAAGUUUAUUACACUUUUUGUUUUCUUUUUUACACAAAAAACUAUUCUGUGUUAUAAAAAACAUUUACUGUAUGAACACACAGAGUAAUCAAUUCAUAGUAAUGUUCAGUUCUGAGACUGUUUGUAACACAUUACAAUAAAGUUUAAAGAUCAUUAUAAUUAAAAUAUAAUUAAAAUGCUAAAUGCAUAUAAGGGAGAGAGGAAUAGUUGUCACAUGGAUAAGUGGUCACAAAAGGCCAUAUAUCUCAAUGACUAUGAGGUUUAGACAAUUUAAAAUAGAAAUAUCUGGGAAAUUGUAUUUUGUACUGUACAAAUGGUCUUGUCUGUUGAAUCGUGUUUAAAUGUGGUCAGCGGAUGUCAUGAUGAUAAAUGUAGCGAACUAGAUAAUGACUAAGAACCAAAAUGAUUGCCCAAGAUUGUGUAAUUUAUGUGAAGAGUUAUUUGUCCCAAGUUAUUUGCUACUUUAUUUUUCUGUUUGUCUUGCCUUCAAAUACAGCUGAAGUGGAAAUCACAUUAAAAAAAAAUCUCAAUAAACGUA